GCCAUGGGCAGGGACACCUUCCACUAGCCCACGUUGCUCCAAGCCCCAUCCAGCCCGGCCUUGGACACUCCCGGGGAUGGAGCAGCCACAGCUUCUCUGGGUAACCUGUCCUGGGGCCACAUCACCCUCACAGAGAGGAAUUUCUUGCCAAUACCCCCUCCUGGGUUCAUUUCUCCAUCUGUCAAAGAGGAGCAACAUUAUGUGGCUUGAUAACAUUGGAGCAUGGAAGGAUGGAAUGGUUUUGUCUGAAGGGACCUUAAAGCCAUCCAGUCCCACCUGCUGCCAGGGGCAGGGACACCUUCCUGUCCAGUUUGAUGUUGGACACUUCAGGCGUGGCCUUACAUCUCCUGCAUCUGUAGAAUUUCAAGUUAUCUACAGCCCCUAUCACAGAAUCUGCUCAAGGAAGACUUACACAAGCAAUGGCCAUUUUGAAGAAAUGGAGCACUGGGGAGGAGGAUGGUAAAUUGCUCCAGCUGGGAAUAACUCUGGGGAAUAAUAACUCAGGUGUGAACAGCCAGGGAACCACCUGCAUGGAUCAGAUCUAACAUUGCUCCUGCCCAGGUGUUGCUUCUGGGAGCCUACGGUUAGCAAGAAAAAUCAAUUUACUCUUUGCUCUGUGUUUGUGGGGUUGCCAGCUUCCUGGGCAACUCACGGCUCCCGUACUUAGCAAACACUUCCACACCUUUGGCAGAGAGCCAGAGACCUUGUCCCCAGUCCUGCUGCUCUCCAGAGGCCACAUCACCUCAGCAGCCCCACGGUCUGCCCUGCACGCCCACCACCCCACAAACAGGCAAGUGCAUUAUCCCAGGGCUUUGGGCAGGGGAGAGGGUUGGUGGGAGCUCUCUCUGUAAGUGCUCUUGUUUAGUUUUUCUUCUCUUCUUCGACAGUUCCAAGGGAAAGAGCUCGAAAGCGCUACUAACACUGAGCACGCAAAGCUAUUUGUCUUUGGAAUGGUUUAAACUCACAGAGAGCAGGGUUAGAUGGGAUAUUGGGAAGAAAUCCCUCUGUGUGGUGGUCAGGCACUGGCACACUGGCCCACAUCCCUGGAAGUGUCCAAGGCCAGGGCUUGGAGCAAUCUGGGAUAGUGGAAGGUGUCCCUGACCGUGUUAGGGAGAGGAAUGGGAUGAGCUUUAAGGUCUCUUCCCAUCCAAACCGUUCUGGAUUGUUCAAUUUCUUCUCUCCAGCUCUUUCCCGUAAAACAUCAGAAAAGUGAAACUGAAACUUUUUCAUGAAAAGAAGUUGUGUCAGAAAGGAAAAAGGGAUUUCUUUCUGGCCCUCAAACACCAGCUCUCCCCUGCCAACCACCAGGGCUUGCCCAAUAAGGCUGGGCUGAUUUCUGUUUUGGGGGACAUUUUCCUUUAAUAUCAGCAUCCUCAGGGUGUGCCCGCUGUGCUCUCUCUGCACAAUCACUGGGGUUCAGCAGCAAAGGCAAAUGAGGCCAAACAACCCACAGAUCCUGCUGCUUCCUCUCCAAAAGCUCCCUGUAACAACCCUGUGAAACUUGUGUCCCUGGGUAAUACCAGUCAUUAUUUUGAAAGCUUCUUCAUAAUUAAAGAAAUACUUUGUUACAAUGUCCUGUUUAACCUCCACCAGGGGAAGUUUAGCUUGGACAUCAGGAAAAAAUUCUUCACUGAAAGAGUGAUUGGCCACUGGAAUCAUCUGCCCAGAGAGGCAGUUGAGUAAUCAUCCCUGGACGUGUUUAAGAAAAGAGUGGAGGUGGCACUCAGCACCAUGAUUUAGUGAGGAAAUCUUAAGGUCAUAGGCUUGACUAGAUGAUCUCAAAGGUCUUUUCCAGACUAGAUCAUUCUGUGAUUCUGUGCUGUUAUUUCAAGUCAUUUGGCUUAGCUUGUGUUCCCUCUUUCCCAAGGCACAAAUCCCCUUGGCUUUGCUUCAAAACCUCAGCCACAGCCAGAAUGUUUAAAAAACUCAACAAAUGCAUUGUAAAUCAAAUGGAUCCAUGCAAACAAUUGGAUCCUGUUGAGAGCAUCACAGACAAUGAGCACUUCAGGCCUCUCUGUCUACUGAUUAAAAAAAGAAAAUCAACCCGCAUAUUCCACCGAGCUCCCUACUACCAGCCGACAGGAUUCACACUGGAUGAUGUGCUGCUGCCUGGAGAAGAUGGUAAAAGCACAGAGUCCAUCUAUCAAGAAUCCAGCCAAUUUACUCUCACAAAAGUCAACACUGAUGAAGUUGAUGGAUUUCUCAAGAUUUCUUUUGACCCUGCAAGUGUAGAGAUUAAAGGAGGUGCUUCCUUGUCCAAAGGGUUUUCUAUCAAGCCACAGAAGAAGAAUGUACCACUGCAAUCACUGGAGGCACUGAGAAGAGAAAGGCAAAUCAACAUGGAUCAUUCCUUCAUCAAACAGCUACAGAGAACAGGCAUCAAGCUGUACGUGGUCACUGAAAUCCUCGAGGCCUCAGAGGAGGCUGUCUACAAGGAAUCCACCAAGGCAGACGGGGGCUUCAUGGCCAAAUUUUAUGCCACACUCUGUGCACAGGGCACCAGAGAGAACAACCAAGGCAUAGUGAUACCCAAGGGCUGCACGCUGGCCUUCAGGACCAUCCCACUACACAUUAGAGAUGGAGAAUGGGAUCUGGAUUAUAUCAAAGGGGGAGCUAUGAGCAAUCAAGGUCAUGGAGCUGUGGAAAUUCAAGCUUAUGUAGAUGAUGGUCCCUCAACAGGAAAAUUAGAAGAAGUGAGGAUAGAAGUUCGAUAUUCCUGCCAAAUUUUCCCCGAGCUGUCUCCUGACCUGCAGCUCAUCAUCUUAAACACCAUCACAGCUGUGAUGAGAGACAAGAACCUCCUUCAAGAGCUCAGCCACAAAGUAAGUGAAGCUUUUCUUACUGCCACCAUUUAUAAAUACAGAUACAUCCAGGACCACACCUCCUGUCCCUUCCCAUCCUCUUCACUCUUUCCCAUCCUGCUCACCAGUCCCAGCCCACCACCUUGCUUGGUUGCAAACCUACUGAAACAUGACCUGGAAGAUCAGAUGCGGCAUUUCCAUGUGGAUGCCAGGCUGCUCUCGUUCCCUUACAAGGAGGAACAGAUGUUAACCAUUGCCCUGGUGGAGCUGAGUGGCAUCCAGCUCCAGGAAGAUGGAUCAGCUGUCCCUAGGGAUGAACCCUUUGAGGCUGUGGCAGCCCUGUUUGUGGCCUUGUAUGCCCUCAACCUCCUGAGCGAGUUAACAGAAUAUCAGCUGCUGCUGCUGCUGGAAUCCUUGGAAAGGAAGAUUGUGUCCCAACAGCUGAACCUGGUUGCAAACCUACUGAAACAUGACCUGGAAGAUCAGAUGCGGCAUUUCCAUGUGGAUGCCAGGCUGCUCUCGUUCCCUUACAAGGAGGAACAGAUGUUAACCAUUGCCCUGGUGGAGCUGAGUGGCAUCCAGCUCCAGGAAGAUGGAUCAGCUGUCCCUAGGGAUGAACCCUUUGAGGCUGUGGCAGCCCUGUUUGUGGCCUUGUAUGCCCUCAACCUCCUGAGCGGUUCCAAGUAGGAUGUACCUGGCCCUGCCCAGGGAACCCCUCCACAAAAUGUUGGCAAAACUCUGCUGACAAGAGUUUUCCCUCCCACUAUCACCCUUGUUAAUGCUCAAGGCUGCUUUGGCUGGCAAAAGCAAAUUUAAGGCUGGAAAAUUCAUUAUAGAUGCUAAAGGCUGGAUAUCAAAGUAGAUCUGUCUGUCUCCCCAAGAAUAUUAAGUGAAAACAGGAAAAUCCACAAUCCCAAAGAAUCACAGUCCUGGCACCGGUGCUUCGUGUAAUCCUGCUUCCCUCAAAAUGCUGCUGCUGCUGCUUCUGCAAUCAGUAAAUGGGAAAGGGAAGGCAAAGGAAUGGGAAGGGAAUGCAGAGGGGAAAGGGGAGGUGCAAGGAAAAAGGGGAAGAACAUACAAAGGCAAAAAUGAAAUGCAAAGGGAAAAGGAAGGAAAUGAAAAUAAAACAAAAGCCAAAGGAAAGUAUCAGCAGAGAUUCACCCUGCUCCCUCUCUGGUUCAGUGGGGGCUCCAUUAACUACUGGUUGUAGGAAGGUGGGGAAAUCCCAGAGGUUUCACUCUCACCUCUCCAGUCCCAUCUCCCUGAGACACUCAAGAGUCAUGGGCAGCACUUCAGGGAGAUGGCACAAAUAUUCCCAUUAUCACUUUAUAAAUAAAGAGCAGCUUCUUGCUAAGCAAUUCUGUGGUCUCAAAGGCUAUUUCUUAAUUUUGUGUCUUUUCCAUCCCAUGGCACACCUGACAACCUCAGGACUGAAGCUGUACUAGAAAUAAGGGUCCUUGACGUGGACACAGCAGUCUCCUGUAGAGAAUUUUCUAAAAGAAAGCGUGAAUAUUUUCAUUACUCCUUUGUACAGUAUUCUAAGAGAGACUAAUAAAAGUGAAGUAUUCAGGUAAAAACUUGUGCUUGAGUCCUGGAACCUUCACAUGGAUGGCUUUUGCUGUCAAACAAGCAUGGCAAUGUACCCUGGAGACAUGGAAUGGCUCGGGUUGGAAGGCACCUUAAGGCUCCAGGGCCAUCCCCACCCUCUGCCAUGGGCAGGGACACCUUCCACUAGCCCACGUUGCUCCAAGCCCCAUCCAGCCCGGCCUUGGACACUCCCGGGGAUGGAGCAGCCACAGCUUCUCUGGGUAACCUGUCCUGGGGCCACAUCACCCUCACAGAGAGGAAUUUCUUGCCAAUACCCCCUCCUGGGUUCAUUUCUCCAUCUGUCAAAGAACAGCAACAUUACCUGGCUCAAUAAAGUUGAAUCAUGCAAUGAUGCAAUGGUUUGGCUUGAAGGGACCUUAAAGCCAUCCAAUCCCACCUGCUGCCAGGGGCAGGGACACCUUCCUGUCCAGUCUGGUCUGGGACACUUCCAGUGGAUUUACAUCUCCUACAU